UCUGAGACUUGCUCGUGAAAAAGGAAAAUUGGUGAGUAUUCUAGGAAUGAAUGGAGAACUUGACCAAUUGUACCUGUAGUAAAUAAGACUCAUGAGGAGGUUCCAAAAAGCCAAAGCUCAGAAGAAAAGUUAGCUUCAACUGUGCCAACUUUGGAUACAGAAACUACUGCUUUAGGGAUAUCUGUUGACAGUUCUAGACAGUCUGACUCUGGGGUUGGUGUCAUGAUGGAAGAGGACCACGCAUCUGCUUUGGGGGUCAAUAUGGAGGUCAGUUGUACAGUUCCAGUUAGUGUGGGCGUGAAGGAGAUUGUUCCUUGUAGACCUGCUCCUGGACUCCUAGGUCCUAGUCCAGGGUCCUCUAAGAAUGAGAUUGAUUCAAAACUAGCAUCUCAAGGCCCAGAAGAGCCUUUUAGGUGACACCGGGUGAGUUGGCCCCAUCUUCAAGAGAGUUACCAACAUCUUCCCUCCUUGAUGUUAUCAGCCUUGAGCAUCCCAAGGUUUCUGAGAUAGCUGCUAAUGCUGGUGAUUUUCCCAGAGUUACUCUACCUACUACAAUGGAGCCUUGUGAUAAUAAUUCAAUGAAGAAAAUGGAGCUUUCAGCAAAAGCAUCACCUACACCUGUAAUUGGAGUGGAAAACCCUAUAAUUUCUGCAAAUCCUGAUGGUGUAAGUUGUCAUUCUGGUGUCAGCACACAAAUGCCUGCCAGUCCUGGCCCAGAUUUUGUUGCCAGAAGCAUUCUUGUGCUGGCUAAGACUGCGUCUGGAAACAUUAUAGAAUCCUCUUUGCAAGAUUCACUAGAUGCCAGAGGCAUUCCUGUUCUGGCCAAGACUGCAUCUGGAAACAUUAUAGAGCCAUCUUCAGAAGAUACUGGAAGCAUUUCAACAAAUUGCAUAUAGUGGUGUUGAUCGUCCUACGGAGUCUGCAUCAAUUUCUGCAAGUUUCUACCUUUCAAACAAUGUGAAAUUGCCUGACACGACUCUAAAUGAUUCUAAAGAUGAAAUAGAGCCUUCUUCUAAAGAAUCUCCAGAACUUUGUGCUCUUGACAUUAGAAGCAUCAAAAGCUUCACAACUUUCAGAAUACCUAAUGCUUUGGCUGAUCAUCCUCCAGUGCCUAGGUCUAUCUCUGGAAGUCAAGAAAAUUUGAGUGAUUUUGAUUUGGUUGAAGGUUUUACUAGCAGGUCUGACAGACAUCCUACAAAAGAUAAAGCUGCAGCUUUCACAAGUGAAACUGUUGUUGAAUGUCCAGAAGCUUCUGUAAAGGCUAACAAUCUUGGAGCUGAUCUCCCACAUUGUGAUGUAACUUCUAGUUGUAAUAAUGAUACAUUGUGCUAGACUUCUUCUGACCAUGAUAAAUUAGAAGAUCUAUCCCGCCAAAUUGAAGAUAAAAGGGAUAAUAUGUCAGAACCUUUACAGUCAGUCACUUCUGAAUGUAAUUACGUUGAGGUUAUUCCAAAAGAUCAUGGUGGGAUGCAACAGCUGCUGGCUAUUAAGAGUAGUGGGGUUUGGAAUAUGGAAGUUGACCCCUUUGACGUGCAAGAGCUGCCUCCAAAAAAUUUUAUUGCUACAUCUUACAAUAUACAGGACAUUCUUGAAGACACUAGUGGAAUGCAACUGUCUCUUGGAAGCAUCGAGGGUGGUCACGUUGAGGUUUGCAAUGUGGAAGAACAGAUAUCUUUGCCAGAAUUUACCAUUUCUGAAUCUUUAAAUAUAGGGAAAGAUGAUUAUGGAGCUGAGGUACAGCCAGAGGUUGGUAGUAGUAAGGGUGAAUAUGUUGCUGGUUGCGGUGCUGGAGCAAACUUGUCUGAAGCACUCACAUCAAUGCCAAAUGAUAUUGUUGAGAAAUCUACUGAUAUUGAGGACACUCAUCGAAUGGAGGCUUGGCAGUUUGGUGGGGGUGUAUUGCGAAAUAUUUCGAAAAAUAGUCGUCCGUCUUCCUUGGCAGUAGAGGAAGAAAAAGUUGAUGCGUGUGAGAAAGGUCUAGCUGGCAACUCCCUAGCACAAAGGGAACCACAAGGAUCUGAAGCAUAAAUGGGUAGUCAGGCGGAUGUCUA